AGCACAAGGCGUAAGAGGCUCAAACAAUACUAUUCCUCUCAAGAAAUCAAUGCUAUGCAGCUAUGGUUGGAAAAUUUGUUCACCUAACAAUGAUCAUAACAUUGUGCGCAAUGAAGGAAAAUGGGAAGUUGAUUGUCAAAAAGCAGUGGAUGUUUCAAAUAAUUCAAAUGUCAAAUUCUCAAGGAUUGAUCUACAGAAUAGUUAUCAGCUGCUGGGUCAUCAAGCUAUACUGAUCACUGGAACUAUGUCAUCAUUUUUCUUAUUGCGACUAAUGCAAUUAGAUUUUCUCAACACAUUAACGAAGAUGUUCCAAGGCCUAUUUCCACGUCUAUUUCAGACUUUGGCGGCUAGAAGCCUUCCACUUGCCUGCAUAUCUAGUUCCUUGAAUAAACCAACUCCUCUUAACUUAGACUUGUCCUUGCCUUCAGUUCUGGAUAUUAGAUGGAAUUUUUCACGGUUACUGUAUUUAUUCAAUAUUCAAAUGGAGAAAAAUAUUGCCACGUUUCUUGUGGAUCUCCUAGUAGCAUGAUUCUCAUUUGUUGUU